AUGGUUCGCUUCAAUAUAUUGGCUAUCUUGCCUUUGGUACUUAAUGCAAGUGCUGCCCAGAUAGAUAUUCCGUCCGUCGAUGCCGCUGUCUCUGCGGCGCUCAAAGACUAUGGGAACUAUGGAGCAUACACCGGCCCUCAAAAGAAGCCCCCGGCUAAGGCAAAAUUCACGCAAGAAAACGCAUUGCUCGCCGAUGGUUCAACGUUUUGGUUGGAAUCAAUUAGCCACCAAGGUGUUUCUGCCUUUGGAGCUUCUGGAUAUCAAGUCUUUCGCAACGUCAAAGACUUUGGUGCGAAAGGUGACGGUGUUACCGAUGAUACUGCAGCAAUCAACGCAGCAAUUAGCAGCGGCAGCCGAUGUGGACAGGGAUGUGGUUCAGAUACAACAACUCCAGCACUGGUUUACUUCCCUGCCGGUACCUAUAUGAUUUCGUAUCCGAUCUUCGACUACUAUUACACGCAAAUCAUUGGAGAUCCCAGAAACAUGCCUGUGAUCAAAGCAACAUCAGGAUUCCAGGGCGGAUACCUCAUCGACGCCGACCCUUAUUUCACUUCGGAACUUAAUUGGGGAUCUACCGUCGUAUUCUUCCGACAAAUCAGGAAUCUUGUUCUGGAUCUCCGCAAUAUUCCCACAGGUAACACCGUGAGUGGCAUCCACUGGCCAACCGCACAGGCAACCAGUCUUCAGAACAUGGUAUUUCAAAUGAGCUCAGCCUCCGGCACGAAACACCAGGGUGUCUUCUGUGAAAGCGGCUCUGCCGGAUAUAUGGGUGAUCUUGUUUUCAACGGCGGAAACAUCGGUGCAGCACUAGGCAACCAGCAAUUCACCAUGAGGAAUUUGACGUUCAACAAUGCAAUCACCGCUAUCAGCCACUACUGGGACUGGGGAUGGACUUAUAAAAACAUCAAUAUCAACAACUGUCAGGUCGGCAUCGAUAUUACCUCAGGAGGCCAUGACCAGCAGAGUGUCAGCUCCCUUACCUUGUUGGACAGCUUCAUCACUAAUACCCCAGUGGGUAUCCUUACUGCCCGAGACUCCACCUCCAAGCCUCCAACGGCUGGUAGUGUUGUUCUUGAAAACGUCUCCGUUCAAAAUGUCCCUGUAAUUGUUCAAGGCCCCAGCCAGACAACUGUUCUCGCUGGUGGAAACGUCCAUAUCGAUGCUUGGGGACAAGGCCACAGCUACACCCCCAAUGGCCCUCAGACCUUCCAGGGUACCUUCGCGCCAAACUCUCGCCCGGCAUCCCUCCUACAGGGACAGCAGUUCUAUGAACGCUCCAAGCCUCAAUACAGCACCGUGAGCGUAUCCUCUUUCAGCAGCACUCGAAGUGGUGGUGCCAAGGGUGACGGAAAGACAGACGACACAGCCGCUUUACAAAAGGUUAUCAAUGAUGCUGCAUCCUCUGGAAAGAUAGUUUACUUCGAUGCUGGUACGUAUCUUGUGACCAGCACUCUCAAGAUUCCGGCAGGCUCCAAAAUCGUUGGCGAAGCCUACCCCGUGAUCAUGUCUAGUGGCAGUUUCUUCAACAACAUGGGUAGUCCCCAGCCUGUUGUUCGAGUUGGCGCUUCCGGUGACAGUGGUCAGGUUGAAUGGUCGGACAUGAUUGUUAGCACACAAGGUGCACAGGCGGGCGCUGUUCUCAUUGAGUGGAAUCUUGCUUCUCCCUCUGGUAGCCCCUCUGGGAUGUGGGAUGUACACGCAAGGGUUGGAGGUUUCGCAGGCUCCCAGCUCCAGGCUGCACAGUGUAUUGCGACGCCAGGCACACCUACUUCGACGCCGAACGCAAACUGCAUUGCUGCCUUCAUGCUCAUGCACAUCACAUCAUCUGCAACUGGUUUGUAUAUGGAAAACAAUUGGCUCUGGGUUGCGGAUCAUGACCUUGAUGGAAAUGGUCAGAUCACCAUCUAUAGCGGUCGUGGCAUGAAUAUUGAGAGUACCCAGGGAAAUAUUUGGCUCUCGGGCACCUCGGUGGAACACAACGUGUUGUACCAAUAUCAACUCGCUUCAACCAAGAACAUUUACAUGGGGCAGAUACAAACAGAGUCAGCAUACUACCAACCAAACCCUCUCGCCACAGCUCCAUUCCCGGUCGUCUCAUCUAUCCAUGAUCCCAACUUUACGACCUCCUGCGCUGGCAAAGGCAAGUACUGCGCUGAGGGCUGGGGUCUGCGUGUUCUAGAUUCAACAGGUAUCUUCAUCUAUGGGGCGGGAUUGUACUCUUUCUUCGAUAACAAUGAUGCCUCAUGCUCGGCUCAAGACUCCGGAAGAAGCUGCCAGAACUCAAUCUUUAGUCUUGAGGGGUCAUCUUCGGUCUCCAUCUAUAAUCUCAACACAGUAGGAUCGGCCAGUAUGGUUGAUAUUGACGGCACUAGCGUUGCCAACCAGGCUGAUAACUUGAAUGUUUUCAAUGAGAAUAUCGCACUGUUCAGAAAGUGA